CCAAGCGUUGAUGCGGAAAAAGUCCAACGCGGAAGCCACAUCCUAAGUCCAUUUUUGUGGCAUGCAUUUGAACUUUGAUCACUUCUUACUACAUUAAUAGAGAGCUCAUAAGUCCAGGUGUUAGUAUUAUCAGAGAACACAGGUGUGUUGUGCCGCAGGUAUGUCGUCAAGUGCAGAAGCAGUGUUGCGGGCCGUGGAGACGCCGCUGUUCUGUCUCGGUGCUCUGACCGCGGCCUGGCUCUCCGUGUGCUUCGUGUGGCGGCUGCUGUGCGGGUUCAGGGUGUGGGUGCUGGGAAACGGACGGCUCGUGUCACCCACCACACUGGGAAAGUGGGCAGUUGUGACAGGAGCCACAGAUGGGAUUGGGAAAGCUUAUGCGGAGGAGCUUGCCCGCAGAGGCUUUGCCAUUGUACUGAUCAGCCGCUCUCAGGAGAAGCUGGAUGAUGUAUCCAAGGCGAUCACAAGCAAAUGUGGUGUGGAGACCAAAACGAUUGCAGCAGACUUUAGUGGCCUAGAUAUCUACUCUAAGAUUGAAGAUGGACUUGCAGGACUGGAGAUUGGAGUAUUGGUGAACAAUGUUGGAAUAUCCUAUUCAUACCCUGAAUUCUUCCUCAACGUCCCCAAUCUCAACACUUUCAUCGACACCAUGGUCAACGUUAACAUAACAUCUGCGUGCCAGAUGACGCGUCUUGUUUUACCUAAAAUGGUGGUGAGGAAGAAAGGGGCCAUCCUCAACAUCUCGUCUGCCAGUGGGAUGUACCCUGUUCCUCUCCUCACUGUCUACUCUGCCUCCAAGGCGUUUGUGGACUUCUUCUCCCGAGGACUGCAAGCUGAAUACAAGAGCAAAGGCAUCAUCAUCCAGAGUGUUCUGCCAUUUUUUGUUGCAACCAAGUUAAGUAAAAUCCGACGGGCUACGCUGGACAAGCCCAGUCCAGAGCGGUAUGUUUCAGCUGAACUCAACACUGUGGGGUUACAAACCCAGACCAACGGCUACCUGCCCCAUGCCAUUAUGGGCUGGGUGACUACAGCUCUGCUCCCUGCCAAGCUCCUCAACAGUUACAUGAUGGGGAUGGGUUUGUCCCAGCGUGCUCGUUACCUGAAGAAGCAGAAGCAGGGAUAGAUCAGCAGCGGCUGGGAGCGACCGCAACAGACAGGGGGGACCAGCUGUGUUAACAACUCGUCCAACUACCAUCAUCAUGGACAAAGAAGAGAAAAUGUGACAGUUUCUAGGCAACAUCUCACUUUCCCUCCCUCUGAUUCUCCCAGUCAAAGAUGAUGUGAGGCAGUAUCUGGCCACAGUUGCCACUACACAUAUUCAAUCCAAACAGCUGUGUGAAAAAUACUGAACAAGAUGGUGCUGCUCAUUGAUUGAUCAGCUUUAAUGAAUGAAAUACUAACAUGAAAACUAAAAACAAUUCCUAAAAGUCUGCAAAACGCGUAUGUUUGAGUGUAUGCUUGAGCCUCCUGCAAGUACGUGGAACAGCUCUGGAUGAUGUGGAAUAGCUUAAAGCUUUUUAGUAGAACACUGGAGGUGGUACUUACUGUUAACAAUCUCUAGAGCACUUAAACAAUGUGCUAUUAAGCUUUAAAGGCUGAAAUGUUAUUUUUGUGAUAUUAAUAGCUUCCUUAAUUCCUCUUUUUUUGUGUCAGAUGUUUCAAAGCACUCAGCUUUACACCUUUCCUUCUUGAGCACCAACUCAAAAUCAUUAAAGAUCUACUGGUUUUUUUUUAUCUUAAUAUUUUCUAAACAGUAUUGAUUUGGUGGUGAAGGGACAGAAUGUAUAAUUUACCAAACUACAUUUCAUCUGUUAAAUGAAGAGGAGGCUCUGUAGACAAACAGCCAGCACAGAGAGAGAAGUUGUGAUAGAAUAUAAAAAUGUGUUUUGUUUACAUACUAAAUGGAUCAAAUCCACUCUUAUAACUGGUGUUACUGUUGGGCACAACUUUCUAUCUGAAAAUUCCAGAAAAUUCUCUCAAAAUGCAGUGUGUGACGUUAAUCUCAAUCUUUUCACUUGUGUUUUCUUAAACCCAACAAAAUGCACAGCAGAGACAAACUAAUAAAACAAUGUAAAAUCUGACACAUUUCUUUUGGGAAUCUUUGAGUUUGUAUGUUCAUGGAGAAUGUCAGUAGUAGUCUCAUAUAUAACUUGUCUUGGCUCAGAUAUCAGCUUUAAGUUAUACUGUGUUAAUCCCGAUGGAAGAUUUGUACUUGACAUUUCACUGAUGCUAACUGUUUAGUUGGUUUUCUCAAGGGUAAUUGUAUUGAUGUAUUUGUAAUACCUGGGAUCAAGGUGCAAAACUCACUUUUGUACACCAGCCAAAUGGCUAGUGAAUGUUCAAAACCUGCCAGCCACUCAAUAGAUUACCAUUGUUUUUUUUGGCUGGUGAGGGAAGCAACUCAAGCAGCCACAUAUUUUACCAGUAUUUGGCUAGUGCUAAUUGUGUGCCCUGCCUGGGAUGCAUAGUGUUUGGGGAAAGCAGACCAAAAAAGCAGAACAGUUGUCCACCAUUAAGAUGUACUGACUAUUUAGAAAACUACAUUGCAUUUGUAAUUUCAGCCAUGAAUAAAUAUCAAUUCAAAUAGCUUCA